AUGGAGCGCUCUGUGCACUCCACCGGCCGGACCUCCCUCCCACCGCCGCGGCCCCAACCCGCUCCAGCUCCAGCUCCAGGCCGUGGAGUGUGCAUGAUGAGCACGUCGUGGAGGGACAAACAGGACCCCAACCUCAUCAACUACAUCGCCGCGUUCCUGGCUGCCAACUCGUAUCGCCUAAACUUCCUCUUGUUAUCUCCUGACUUCAUCUUCAACAAUGGGGGGUUAUCCGUUGCAUUCAUCUUUGAGACGAGUUGGGAUUCUGAGAACGCAGCUGCUGUUUUUGCCAGGGUCAAUACGCUGAAGAGGCAGUUCAAAAAUCUCUAUGUUGUUGUGGCUGUUCCCAAGGUGGAGCAAAUCGAGUCAUUCAAUCGAUCGUAUUUCCAGUACAACAUGGAGCUUGGCUGCCCUACGUUUGUGCCUGUUAACGACCCGGAGAUGGGAUUUGAGAAAAUGCUCAAGAUAGCUCAUGCUCGCGGAGUAUGCAAGCAGCAGGACAUUACCUCAACAAUGAGGAAUGAGCGGGAGCAAGCAGUUCAGUCCAUGGAUGCCUUUUUACAUGUGCUCACCUCCAUUCCUGGUAUUGAUGAUCAUGAUGCCACUAUGCUUUCCCAAGCUAUUGGCUCUAUUGAAGCAAUUGCAAAAGCAUCUGUGGGUUUUAUUCUGGAAAACACUGACCUCUCCACGGAUAAGGCGAAGACAGUUGUCACGUUCUUCAGGGAUCCGCAGUACUACUUGAGCCCUAAAAUCAACUAAUUCUUGCAGGUCAGUCGAUUCGUUGGAAAUCUGCAUUGCGAUGAACAUUUAUAGGCUACUUGCCCUUCUAGUGGUUUUGUUAUGUGGUUGUAGAAUAGAAUGUAUAUGGCCAGAACUUCGUGUUUCUAAAACAGUUAGAAUGAUGGUGCCAUCCUACUUGCUGGUUAAUUUUU